AUCCGGCUCGGCUUGUUCCUCAUCAUCUCGGGCGUCGUGCUGCUCUUCAUCUUCGGCUUCUGCUGGCUCAGCCCCGCGCUGCAGGACCUGCAAGCCACGGCGGCCAACUGCACGGUGCUGUCGGUGCAGCAGCCGGGCGAGGUGUUCGAGUGCACCUUCAGCUGCGGCGCCGACUGCCGGGGCACCGCGCAGUACCCCUGCGUGCAGGUCUACGUGAACAACUCCGAGUCCAACGCCAGGGCGCUGCUGCACAGCGACGAGCACCAGCUGCUCACCAACCCCAAGUGCUCCUAUAUCCCACCUUGUAAGAGAGAAAAUCAGAAGAACUUGGAAAGUGUCAUGAAUUGGCAGCAGUACUGGAAAGAUGAGAUUGGUUCCCAGCCAUUUACUUGCUAUUUUAACCAAUUUCAAAGACCAGAUGACGUGCUCCUGCAUCGCACACAUGAUGAGAUUGUCCUCCUGCACUGCUUCCUCUGGCCCCUGGUGACAUUUGUGGUGGGUGUUCUCAUUGUGGUCCUGACCAUCUGUGCCAAGAGCCUGGCUGUCAAGGCAGAAGCCAUGAAGAAGCGCAAGUUCUCUUAGAGGGGCGUAGACAUGUGGAAAGCAAAGCACAGAAGCUGCACCUACGUGCACACAUCUACCUGUGGAGCCUGUUUCCGGCACAGGAGAUGGAAGGGGCUCUGCGAGGUCUCUGAGAGGCUCCUCCCUCGAUGGCAGCAACAGGCACAGCUGGAAGGCUUGGAGCCUCAUGGACGGGAUUGUGUGUCGUAGCAUUGGCUAAAGGGUCAAGCUCUUAGCUGUAUGGAGUAAAUUUCAGAAAAUCCGAUAAAAUGUUAAUUUUUUUUGGAAAGUAACAGUGUAUAAUUGUACAGUGUAGUAUACAAAUCAUUAUGAUUUAUGGUAUUUAAAAAUAUUAAAAGAGCGUGGUCUGUGUUUUUUUCUAUUUUCUUUUUUAUCCUUAAAACACCAGGGUU